GUCAGUUGUUAUAGUGAAAAGACCUCCUUAACAGGAAGCUAAGAUUUUCCUAAAAUCUCUUACGGAAAUUGGCAUUGAAAGUUCUCAGCCAGUCUUACAUUGUGUAAGCACAGCAUGGCGACGGCGGCGACCAUGGAGCCCGGCAUGAGCCUGCUGGUGACGGCGGAGGCCCUCGUCAUGAGCCUGGCCUUCAUGAACGGCUUCGUGGCCAACGUGAUGGCCAUCGUGGCCGCGGCCUUCUCGCCGCACCUCCGCCACACCAGGGUCUACAUCAUCAACCGCGCCGUCGCCGAUAUCCUCUUCCUCUUGCCGGUUCCCCUGGACGUGGCGUCGCACCUGCAGGACUCGUGGGUGUUCAGCCCCGUCCUGUGCAAGCUGCGCUGCGCCCUGGCCUUCCCCGGCCUGCUGGCCAGCUCCUCCUUGCUGGUGGGCCUGGCCCUGGAGGUCUACGUGUCCCUCGCGCGCCCCCGCGCCUCCAGGAAGUUCCACUCGGCGCUGGCCAAGGUGGUGUGCGCCCUCGCGUGGGCGGCCUUCCUCGUGCUCAUGCUGCCGAUCCUCAUCCAGUCGGAGGUCCUGAAGGAGGUGUCCCGCGAGCGCUUCCACUGCGUGUCGCUGCCCCUGUCCCUGGCCACGCCCGCGGGCCACGUCCUCCGCUUCCUCGCCGUCGUGGUGGCCUUCCUGGUGCCCCUGCUGGCGUGCUGGCUCCUCGUGCGCCUCACGGCUUCCUCCAAGAGGCAGCACGUGGUGGGCGUGGCGGAGAGCCCGACCAAGGGGCAGCCCGUUGGCCUGUGGCACCCGCGCAAGUUCCAGCUAUACCUCGUGGGCGUGUUCACGGCGUGCCACCUGCCCUACUGGCUGCCGCAGCUGCUGAAGGAGAGCCUGCGGGAGGGUGUCGUCAGCGAGACAGCCAUGUCCCUCUUCCCGGCCACCAUGUGCCUGCCCUCCGUCUGCGCCGCCGUCAACCCGGUCAUCUGCCUCCUGUUUAACAAGGCCCUGAAGAAGAGGAUGCUGAGCGAGAGGGCGGAGGCGGUGGCGCAGGAACAGCCGGCCAUCCCGCUGCAGCCGCUCUGACCGCCUUGCCCCUCCCUCCCUCUCUCCCUUCCUCCCUCUCUCCCUCUCUCCCUCCUAUUCUACUUUGCCCUUCACCCCCCUCUCCUUAUCUCCUCCAGUUCCUCCUGUUGGCUUUUUGCUAGCAUCUUCUUUCCUCUUCUCUCUUCCAUCCUCCACCUUGGUCCUAACCUCUUUCUCUCGUUCCCUCUCUCUUAUUUCUUCCUUCGCCUUCUCCUCUUGCCUAUCGCCUCUCUCUCCUUCCCCUUCUCCUUCCUCUUUCGCCUCCUCCUUGUCGAAUCUCUCUCCUUCCCUCCCUCCUUCCUCCUUCGCAUCUUCCUCUUGGCCUUUGCCUCUCCUUCCUUCCCCCUCUCCUCCUUCCCCUUUUCUCCUUUGCCUCUGCCUUCGCCUCUCUUUCCUUCCUUCUCUCCUCCUUCCUAUUUCUCUCCCCUCUCUGCCUUGCCUUUGGGAUAAUUCACAAUCACAUAUUUUCUUGUUCUACUCAUAAGAAAAAAAAAACAAAUUUAUGGAUAACAUGUGUUACUUUUAUCUCUUUAGUAAUGUUUACCAUUUUGUCUAAUUAUAUUCCUAAGAGUAAAACCAUCUGAAUGUAAUGAAGGUU